AUGCACACAGAGGAUGAAGAGUACGAGUGCGAGUUCUGCCACGGAGUUUUUGGCUCAAAUCUGGAGCGAAUGCUACACAAGCGCAUGAUACAUCAGGUAGAAGUCACUCAGCAGAUCAUGCAUCAGGCUGAGCUGGACUAUGAACAAGCCCAGGCAGGUGCGACCCAAACAAACGCUGCCGCUGCCGAAACAGAUGUCACGAGUGAAUCAGUGGAGGAGCCAGCCAACUUGGCUCUACCGCGUCUCGGGGCUGUUGUGCCGCCGGUGUCCUCCAGUGACCCCCCAAUGCCAGCCUGGAUGGUCAAUGCCGAUGCACACCCAACCACUCACGCCGAACGACGAAGAGCUGAGCUGCUGGAACAGGAGGUUAUAAUACGGAAAUCUCAGAUCGAACUGCAGGAGAACCGCGAGGUGUUGCGAGAGUUCGCCCAACUGGCAGCUGCGCAUAAUGACAUGAUGGAGGAUCAAGUUUAUAUGCUCGAGGAUAUAAAGGUGGCGGUUAACAAAUCCGUACAAGAAGUGGCGAAUGAUAUCGUCAAGACCACAGCAGUAACCAUUAGCGAAGUGAUGGCAGAAACUACGGCCAAGGCGGCAGCCGCUCUCCAGUUGAAAGACGAGCAAUGUCACGCACAACUUGAAGCUCAAGAGAAGGAACGCGCAGAGCAAAUUGUUGAUAACGACAAGAAGGUAGAACAAGCAGCGGGAGCGGGCGUAGCAGGUAUCGCGGAAGCGCGCGAGAAGGCCAUUGCGGAAAUCAAUCGAGCAAAGACAGAGGCUGUGGCAGAGCUGGGUGAGAUGUUCUCGCGCAUCGAGUUUAUGAUGCAGGUGCUAUUAGACAGACUGCCUAGCAAAAACUACGGCGUAGCACCCGAGGCGUGUGACAUGGAGAGUACGACAGGUGCGGCGCUUAUCAGUUAUCUAGAUCCAGAAAGCCGAUGUAGUACUGAACAGCAAUUUGUACCCUACUACCUCUCACAUUCGACGUUUUCCACCCUCAAGGCCCCUGUGUCCAGAAAACGGGUGCUAGUAGAGAUGUCAGAAGGACUUGCAGAUAUGUAUUUGAAGGCAAUGGCCAUUCCAAAGACAUCCCGGCUGGAUAUAAGGGACUCGGAUUCAGACAACUGAGGGCAAGUACUAACAUCAAGGUCUCAUAUCAAGUCACGAGAAAGAAAUACAUUGGAGCCUACCCUCCAUGAAAACGCAGAUCUACAGUUUCACUGCUGACAGUCGAGAUG